AUGCCCUUGCGCCCGCCGAGAAACGGAACCUCGAAUGUGCCGAAGAAGUUGGGGCCGAACGGCGGCGCGAGCCCGCGCGGCGCGAACGUGGAGAUGCGCUUGCGCGCCGGGCCGCGCUUGGACGCGGACACGCGUGCCUCGCCCGUCGCGCGGAUGAGGCCCAGCUGGCCGUGCGACUCGUCCAGCAGGCAGAUGAACGGCGACAGCGAGACGUCCGGCGCGCGGAUCAGGAUACGCGCGCCCGGCACGCGCGGCGUGUCGAAGCCGUCGGCCUUGCACAGGCGGAAGCGGCAGCGCGCACCGCACUGCGCGAGCGCGAGGGGGACAAGGAGCACCAGCAGCAGGAGCGAGAGGGGGGAAGCCAUGGCGCGACGGUACGGCCGGAUUGGUGGGGAUGAUGCGGGAAGGGGUGGCGGCCGAUGGGGAGGGGGGGGAGGGGGGAGGGGGGUGUUAGUUUUAUAA